AUUGUCUGCGUCGUCUUCGUCGCUGUCGUUGUUAAGAGCUUCCCCAGGAUGUACGAGGAAAAUGCGAUGGAGGAGAACAGCGGCGAGGAUCGGACCGCGGAUAUAGAUCGCAACGGACAUGAUCACGGCGGUCAUCAUGACCACGCGUACUCGUAUCAUCAUUUUUUCGGACCAGUGGCAGGUCAUCACGAGGAGAUAGCCUGGAAAGAUAAACACGGGCACCAUCAUCACGACUAUAAGGCUCAUCCUAAGUACAAAUAUUCCUACGGUGUAGACGAUCAUCAUACUAAAGACCAUCACGGACAGAAGGAACACCGUGACGGCAAACAUGUUGAGGGCGAAUAUCAUCUCCACGAGCCCGGUGGCAAUGUCAGGAGCGUAAAAUAUCAUGCCAAUCCUCACGGCGGGUUUUACGCCGAGGUUCACAACUACGGCGGGAACGACCAUUCGGGUGGCACACACGGUGGUCAUCAUCGAUAGUUGAAAAAUAUCACGAUGAACAAUUAUCGAUAAAAUGAUUAAUGAGAAAGAGUGGCUAACGAGGAUGACGUUGUAAGCGAGCCUGCAUUCUGUACAAAACUCGAUCGUAGCCAAUAUAUUGUUAAAUGUCUAUUUUUACGUUUUACGAAUUAUGUAUCGUUGAAAUAAUAUUCUUGUAAGUUUUAAGUAUUUUAUCCGUUUACGUUAUAUGGU